ACCUGUUUCACGCAACAGUAUCACGAUGUUUCUGUUUUUCAGUUGACAGAGAGAGCUGCUUUCCAGAGCCUAGGGACGACGAUCGAUCAUGUUAGCAUCAAAUCUCAGUAUUCGCGCCCAAGAUGAAACACAAGAGGUGAAGAUUACAAACCUUCCUCUGCUAUAUCAAGCAGAAGUUGAGCCCGGAAGCGAUGUAUAGGUUUGUGGAGGAUCACUGUCUACUACAAGAAACACUACAGUCAGUCAGUCUGUGUACGAGGAACCCUUCGAUAUCGAAACACCACAGUCAGGGAGUCAGUGUUCGAAACACCUUUCAAUAUCGAAAUCGAUCCUCUUCAGUGGUUCACUUUUCCUCAUCUCCAUCUCACAAAGGACAAAUAAUAGAAAGAACAGCGAUCACGGCUUACCUUUCAUAUGAGGAAAGUGAGGUUAUGUGGAUGGGGAUGGGGAUGAGGAUGUGGAUGUGGAAGGUUGUUCACAAUAACAAGUUGUUCGAACAAGAGUCAGAAGAAGAAAAGGCUUUUGAUAGAGAAGAUAGAAAGAGAAGGGGGGGGCGAGAAGGUGAUCGAAAGCCACAAGAGUCAAGACUGAGACUGAGUGAAUGGAUAACACAGAGUGGAGAGAGGAAGCCAGAUGACGCGUGUGUGGUUGACCAGGGCUGCUGUGAAUAGCUUCGCAGUACUGCUCAACAUUUACUUUUUCU